AGGCGGGCGGCCGCCAGCUCGCUCCGCUCCCGCUGCAAUAAAUCGGCUUAAGGGCGGCAGCGCGGCGGGAUCAGCGGCGGGUGCGGGCUGGGCUGGGGGGGACACGGAACCGGGGUGACCCCCCCCUCCCCCCCCGUGAUGCCCGCCUGCCCCCCGGGCAGGGGGCUGGGGCGCCGGUGAGCCCCAUGGGGCUGCCCCCCCCGCCGGCACCAUGCGGACGAUGAGCCCCCUGCCCCUCUCUUUGCUGCUCUGGGACCUCCUCGACCUGGCGCUGGCCUACCUGACGGUCAGCAUCGAGCCGCUGCCACCCGUGGUGGUGGGAGAUGCCGUCACCCUGAAAUGCAACUUCAAGACGGAUGGGAAGAUGCGGGAAAUUGUCUGGUACCGGGUCACCGAUGGCGGCACCAUCAAGCAGAAGAUCUUCACCUUCGAUGCCAUGUUCUCCACCAAUUUCUCGCACAUGGAGAAUUAUCGGAAGAGGGAGGAUCUGGUCUACCAGUCCACCGUGCGCCUCCCCGAGGUUCGCAUUUCGGACAACGGUCCCUACGAGUGUCACGUGGGGAUUUAUGACCGAGCUACGCGGGAGAAAGUGGUCCUGGCCUCUGGGAACAUAUUCCUCAACGUGAUGGCCCCUCCGACGUCCAUCUCGGUGCUCGCUGCUGACACGCCAGCACCCUUCAGCCGCUACCAGGCGCAGAACUUCACCCUGGUGUGUGUGGUCUCUGGUGGCAAGCCCGCCCCGCUGGUCUACUUCAAGCGGGACGGGGAGCCCAUUGAGGCCACCCCGCUGCCGGAGCCGCCGGCCGGCGCUGGGAGCUGGGCACCCCGUAACCUCCUUCACCGCGACCUGGAUGACACCAAGGUGCCAAAAUCGCUGGCGGCUGAAGGGGAGGUGGGAGGCGGGCGACUCCCGGCCACGGCGGACCCCCCACGGGGGCUGGCGGCCGAGCGCGGUCCCGUCACCGAAACCAUCCCCGAAACAGUGGUGAGCCGGGAAUUCCCACGAUGGGUGCACGUGGCUGAGCCCAUCUAUUAUUUCCGCCACACACACGCACCCGUCAGCGACGGGACGGUGGAGGCGCGGGCCACCCUCACCUGGACCCUGAACCCCCAAAUCGACAACGAGGCGCUCUUCAGCUGCGAGGUGAAGCACCCGGCGCUCUCCAUGCCCAUGCAGUCCGAGGUGACGCUUGUUGCUCCCAAGGGCCCGAAGAUCACGAUGACCCCGACGAGAGCCCGCGUUGGAGACACCGUGCGGAUCUUGGUGCAGGGCUUCCAGAAUGAAGUCUUCCCCGAGCCCCUCUUCACCUGGACACGGGUGGGGAGUCGACUCCUCGACGGCAGCGCCGAGCACGAUGGCAAGGAGCUGGUGCUGGAGCGGGUGCCGGCUGAGCUCAACGGCUCCAUGUACCGCUGCACUGCCCAGAACCCCCUGGGUUCCACCGACACCCACACCCGGCUCAUCGUUUUUGAAAACCCAAAUAUUCCCAGAGGAACAGAGGACUCCAAUGGUUCACUUACCGGCCACCGCGGCUUCAGACUGGUUUUGGCGCUCACCCUAACAGUGAUCCUGGAGCUAACGUGAAGCUUUGCCUGCCUCUUCCUCC